UGGUAGCUGCAAAUCUAAUACCACCAGCAGAAGCAAAGAGGGAGGAAUAUAGCUCCCAGGUUGCCUAAUUUCCCACAAUUAGAAGCUUUCAAAAAGAAACAGAAGCGCACAGAUGUUCGAAGAAAGAGUUGCAAAGCCAAAAGAGGGCGGGCCCCCCUUGGUCCUUUCUUUUAUUCAGAGAAGGGGAAAGGGGAGGACUGGGGGUGGACCUGGGGUGACCGGCCAGUCAGACACUGCUAAAGAGUCUGAGUUACAUUUGGUUUUGUCCGAGCUUGGAACAAAGGAGUUCAGAGCACAUGACAGAGGCAAGUGUCUUGGGGAGGGGAAGCUCAGAACAGGCAGCAACAGUUCUCCUGGUUUAGUUUAUAAUAUUCAUAGCAACUUUCCUUCAAGGAUUUCUAAAGCUGUGAGCCAGCUUGUGUGUCAUUGUGUCUGUAUGUGUAUUAUUACUGACUACAGUGGGAUUCCUUACUUGCUGGAAGUAAUGUUUCAGCACUUUAGAGCCCAAAUGCUUAACAAACAUUGGUAUCAAGUAAGACCAAGUAAGAGUUCCAUUUUAGAGAUACGGAAAAUUGAAACUCAUAGAGGUUAAGCAAGGAUUGAUACUUAGAACAAAAAUCUUCGUACUCUUAGAUGCCUAUUUCAACCAUGCCGCUAUGUUGCUUCACAUAGAAAUCCUUUAAAACAAGUUUCAGCUUUCCUAAAUUGUUCUUACUUUACUUGUCUUGUAGGUGCUGUAUUCCAAAAGGAAGCCUUUUUUUAAUGGGUUCAUUCCAGUUUAAGUCAUUCAAUGGAGUUGCUUUUCAGCGUUCUUAAAGUUCAACAUCUGAAAAGAUGGUCACCAAUUUUAGAAAAGCCAAUCUCAUGCCCUGCUCCUGAGCAUCUUUAUCUAAAAACUCUUCAUGUGGUCCAUUGGAAUGCAGAGAAGUAUUCCAGUUUUGUUGAGGCAGCUUCUCAGUCAGAUGGAUUAGCAGUCAUGGCUGUAUUUCUGAAGAUUGGUGAAUGCAACCCUCAACUGAAGAAGAUUACUGACCGCUUGGACACCAUCAGAGUCAAGGGGAAAAAAGCACUAUUCACAAACUUUGAUCCCAGCUGUCUGCUUCCCAAGUCCCUGGACUACUGGACUUACUUUGGCUCUCUCACUGUUCCACCUCUUCUUGAGAGUGUCAUCUGGAUUGUUCUGAGAGAGCCCAUAAGUGUUUGUUCUGAACAGCUGGCCAAAUUCCGCAGCCUCCUGAGCACUGCUGAAGACGAGGUCGCCUGCUGCUUGCUGAGAAACUUCCGGCCUCCCCAGCCUCUAAGAGGACGAGAAGUCAGAAGAAAUUAAAGGAGUAAAGCCAGUAGCCUCCCUCUGAAACCAAAGGCUGAAUUAAUUUUAUUAGUUAGUCUACUUUGUGAUUUUUAAUUUUUUUUUUGUGAGAUGUUUAAACGAAUAGGUGGUAUUUUAUUAGUGGUUUCCAUGCAGUUAUUUCUCACAGACAAGUAUGUCUGGAGUUGUCACAGGUUCAUCAAUGUUAACAGGUCUGACUGGGUUUGAGUGCAUUGGCUUGGCAGCACUGAGCCAUCAGCAUUGCAUGCACAGAGGUCAUUGCUCAUCAUAAGGGUCAAAUGUGGUGAAGGAGUUUCCCAGAUUUUGCCACCAAAUUACUGAACAGGAUCCCUGGUAUUAUUGACAGUAUAGGAUGUUCUGGGAUUAUUCUUCUAGUCUCUAACAUAACUUUUAGCUUCUAUAUGAACCUCACACUGCAGUUCCCAAGGAAAAAAUAUAUCAAGGAUGAUGUAAUGUCAUUGCUGACUUCUGCAAUACCGUGCUUACUUUCCUACAAAAAGCAGUAAUGACUAACAGCAUUUAAGUAAAACAGAUAUUUAUAUGAUCCUGUUAUUCUGGCUGCUUCAUAGCAGUAAUCAUGUACUGAUGUUUUUUUUUUUUUAAAGCAAAUAGUAAGGAUUUUGUAUACUGCAAGAUCAUGUCAGGUGGAUUAGGUAUUCCUGAAUUUCACAAUGUGACAACAUGAAAUUGUCCUGAAACCUGAAACUGCAAGGUGGAAGGGCAUAGAGGGAGCUGUUUGUGCCUUAAUCCAGUUUGUUGUAUUUGGUAAAAAAGAAGGGACUAUUACAGUGUAUCUGUGUAACAUCAGACUUUUGCCACUUAAAAUCAAGAGGCAGGGGUAGCUGUUGUUCCAGACUGUUGCAUGCUGCAGUGCAAACCACAUGCUGCUUACCUCUCAUCUUGCUGUGGAGGACAGCACUACUCAGGUAUAGAAUGUCUCAAGGUACUGGCUGAUGUUCUGUUGUCAUAGUUGAACUUCAGUGGUUGCACUUAUAUUCCAAGACCAAAGAGAAUAGUCAGAGUGAGCCAAAGAAAUCAGAAUCAAGUAAACAUCUAAUAAAAAGCUCAGCCCUCAAUAGCAGUGUGUUGAACCAUCUGUCUAUAUGAGUUGACUUGAGCCUGUGUUUCUCUAGGAGCUUUUGUUAUCUGAAUGUAAUUGGGGUUUUUUACACCAAAUAUUUUUAUUAAUGAACUUGCCAUAGGAUGUAGCUUAGGAUAGAAUUAGAUUUACUCUCAAACUGUGAGAAGUACAUAGUGAAAUCCAGUGAUACCUGAAAGAGGCAGCUAGAGGUUUUACUGGAAGCAGCUAACACCAUUCUCUGUAGUGCUUCUGACAAACUCAUCUUCCAUGACUGCUCUCCUUGAAUUCAUUUUUUUUUUUUAUAAGUUUUAUAUGCUCUGUCUUUUACCUCAAUGGGUCAUUUGAUUUUAGAUGAACAAACAUGAGGGAAAUCACAAUCAGGAUUCACUUUUUAUGCUGUUUUAGAAAAAUAAAUUAGACAUAGAGAUAUAGGUAUUUUAUCUUAGUUUAAGGUAGAUGGACUUUUUUGUUUUCCCCUCCCCAGAAUAUAGCUAUUAUAUCCUGCAAGGCUUCCCAAUGCCUUUUGAAUAUUUUCUGAAGAAAAGAACACAAACAGACUAUUGGAUAAAUAAAAAGUGUUUAGCAGCACUAAAAAGAAAAGAGGGAGUGUGUUGUAUGUUUUCACAGCCGUUUUUUAGACCUAGGAUUGGAUCUUGUAUGUUUCCCUGUUAUGUGAGUAGCUACAGAAUGUGAAAAAAAUGUUUACAAAUUGCAGGAAGGAUACAAAGUUUGUUUGCCUCAAAAGAGAAAGGAAUAAGGCUACUGCUUCAUAUUGUAAACAGAAGUGUUAUGUACUUUUUACGUAUUGUAAACAGUGGAGUUGAUCCAAUGCUUUUAUAUUUAUAAGGAUUUUAUCAAAAUAAAAAAUUGAUUUUA